CGUUCAGCAUCCACUUUAUAUCCAGGAUGAGCUGCAGCAGUGUUACAGGAUCAGAGUUCUCAGAGGAGGAGCUAGAUCUUGGUGUGCUGGAUCAGGGAGACGACGAUAGCAGUCCAAAGGCAUCUUUUCAGGACAGUGAGAGCUCCAAUAGCCCGAGUGACCCAGAGGAAGGCCAGACAAAGAAACGCAACCGGCCCGUCCGCUCAAAAGCCAGAAGAAUGGCCGCUAAUGUCCGUGAGCGAAAACGCAUCCUGGACUACAACCAAGCUUUCAACGCCCUGCGAGUGACUCUGAACCAUGACCUGAGUGGCAAACGGCUAUCCAAGAUCGCCACCCUGCAGAGAGCCAUCAACCGGAUCUCUGCUCUCUCUGUGUUCCUGAGCACCAACCCCCCAAACAAGCCAUGCACCCACCGGGAGUGCAACAGGUCGUCUGUGGGUCCAGCUGGGAUGGGAGCCUCUCGACUCGAGCAGAGCAGGGUGACAAUCCCUCGCCUUGAGCAUCAGAGCUACGUCCCCUGGCAUGCUUCCAUCUCGCACCAGAUGCAGCCACAACAAGGAGCCCACAUGCAUCGACUACCAGCUGAGACUCACCUCUACAUGGACAACCCUGUGUCCUCCUGUCCUCCAUCACCUCACUACCCCUGUUACCCCCCUGAGGGACAGAUUUAUGCCUCACACGGACACUGCAGCAGCCCCCAUGACCACCCGCCUAGCCCUCUCAGGUACCCACAGGUGGGUGAGGGAUUGGGGUACCAGCCAGGGAUGUGGGCCUCCUGCACUCAAAGGUACAUGGACACGUUUGUGGAGCCUUCUCAAGCUCUGGGGCUCCCCUGGCAGGUAAACUACCUGCAGGAGCCAGAGCACAACCUCCCCCUGUGUGCAGACAUACUGUGA